AUGUCGAACCCGGAGCUCGCAUCCAAGAAGAGAAAGAGAAAGCACGGCUCUUCCAAGUCUGCCGAUGCGCCCGCCCCCGUCGUCGCCAAAGAGACUGUCGCCGCUCAGGAUGCGGAAGUGAAGCCCCGCAAGAAGUCAAAGACCGCCGAAGCAAGAGCAAAGGAUGUCGAGAAGGAGGAGGAAGUAAAUGAGGAGUUGCGCGAGGCCGCCGCUGAGUCCGCAGCCGCCAACGUCAGCGACGACGAUGAAGAGGAGGCAGACGAGAACAUGGACGGCGCAGAGGUCGAGAAGCAGGACAUUGGCGAGCCUUCAGAUCUGCCCUCAGCGCUUGGAGUCUCCCUCCCUGGACAGGACGCCCUGCCCGAGAAGUUCACCGACAUCAACCUCUCCGAAAAGACACUCAAGGCUCUUUCCGACAUGAAGUUUGAGAAGAUGACCGAGAUCCAAGCAAGAGGUAUCCCGCCUCUUCUUGCCGGCAAGGAUGUUCUGGGUGCUGCAAAGACUGGUUCCGGCAAGACUCUGGCUUUCUUGAUUCCCGCCAUUGAGAUGCUGCACUCGCUCAAGUUUAAGCCCAGAAACGGUACUGGUGUCAUUGUCGUCUCGCCUACCCGUGAACUCGCUCUUCAGAUCUUCGGUGUCGCCCGUGAGCUCAUGGCCCACCACUCGCAGACCUUCGGUAUCGUCAUUGGAGGAGCCAACCGCCGCGCUGAGGCCGAGAAGCUUGUCAAGGGUGUCAACUUGCUCAUCGCUACACCUGGACGUCUCCUCGAUCACCUGCAAAACACCCAGGGCUUUGUCUACAAGAACAUCAAGGCUCUGAUUAUCGAUGAAGCCGACCGCAUCCUUGAAGUCGGUUUCGAAGAUGAAAUGCGCCAGAUCAUCAAGAUUUUGCCCAAGGACGAGAGACAGACCAUGCUCUUCUCAGCCACCCAGACAACAAAGGUCGAGGAUCUUGCAAGAAUCUCGCUGCGACCUGGACCUCUUUACAUCAACGUUGACCACAGAAAAGAGCACAGUACCGUAGAAGGUCUGGAGCAGGGCUUCAUUGUCUGCCAGCCUGAUAUGCGUUUCCGUCUGCUGUUCACCUUCCUCAAGAAACACCCCAAGAAGAAGAUUAUUGUUUUCUUCUCGUCAUGCAACUGUGUCAAAUACUACGCCGAACUCCUCAACUACAUUGACCUGCCCGUUCUGGAUCUCCACGGCAAGCAAAAGCAGCAAAAGCGCACAAACACUUUCUUCGAGUUCUGCAACGCCAAACAGGGCACUUUGAUCUGUACCGAUGUUGCAGCUCGUGGUCUCGAUAUCCCUGCCGUUGACUGGAUUGUGCAAUUCGACCCUCCGGAUGACCCAAGAGACUACAUUCACCGUGUUGGUCGUACUGCCAGAGGUGCCAACACCAAGGGAAAGAGUUUGAUGUUCUUGCAACCCAAUGAAGUUGGCUUCUUGAAGCACCUCGAGGAGGCUCGUGUGCCGUUAACCGAGUUUGAGAUGCCCGAGAAGAAGGUGCUGAACAUUCAGAGCCAGCUUGAGAUGUUGAUUGGCAAGAACUACUACUUGAACAAGUCGGCCAAGGAUGGUUACCGCUCAUAUCUUCAGGCAUACGCAUCGCACUCGCUGCGCUCAGUCUUCAACGUCAACGAGCUCGACCUUGUCAAGGUAGCCAAGAGUUUCGGCUUCAACACACCGCCGCGUGUGGACAUGCAAUUGGGCUCAAGCAUGAAGAUGGACAAGAAGCAAGGCGCUCGUCGCGCAUACGGCAGUCAACCCAGACAAGGUGGAAACUACAAGCGUCAACGCCAGGAAUAA